UUCGCGCGAGAGGAGGAGGAUCGCGGCCAUGGAUCAUCUAAUCCCGGCGCAGGGAGGGCGGAGCCGGAGUUACAUGCAGCGGAUCAAUCACAUCUGGUCGGAGCGCGAGCGGCGGAAGGAGGUCCAGGAGCUGUAUGAUCGACUGCGCCUGCUGCUACCGCUCCAAUCGCAUUCCUGGAAGAUGGAUCGAUGCGAGGUCAUCGCCGAGGCAAUGGCGCUGAUCCAGUCACUGCAGCGCCAAAUCCAGGAGCUGGCGCUCAGGAAAUCCGUGCUCGAGGAUCGACGCCGCUGUAAGUCAAGGAAUUUGAUGAUCGCAAGCUCCUCGCUGCCGGCGAUGGAUCGUGGCGGCGGCCCCGUGGGGCUCCACAUCUGCGAAUCCGACGUGUUCUUGAGCAUGAGCUGCAGUAUGCGCCAGGGCUUGGUGCUGAGCGUGCUGUGGAUCUUGCGGCAGCACCAGCUGCUCGUUCAGGACGCGACCAUCUCGAUCGAUCGAGGAGAAUUAUCGGCGCCGGGACCGGGAUCCAAGAACCGUCCAGCCAUGGCUAGUCUUUGCAUUCGCAGCAAGGCACUGGACAUCAGGCACUUGGCCAGGGAAUCUCUGGAAUUGUCACUGUACGCUCUCAUCGCUGGCUGAUGUGAUCUAUCAACCGACCAUGAGCGUGCCCAAGUUUUUUUAAUUCCACUGUCACAGGAGAUUGGGAUUGCUCUUU